AUGGAAGCUGAAAUGCUAUAUUCAGCUCUCGCUCUCACCUUCGCCAUAUUCAUGGUUUACAGAAUUCUUUCUAAUUCGCAGGACAAGCGCAGCCUGACUAAGCUGCCUCCGAGCCCGCCCGGUUGGCUGCCGGUGAUCGGCCACGCUCAUCUCAUGAAAAAUCUCCUCCAUAGAACACUAUACGACUUCUCCCAGAAACUGGGACCCAUAUUUUCCAUCCGGUUCGGGUCGCGCCUCGUGGUGGUGGUGUCCUCCUCCUCCCUGGUGGAGGAAUGUUUCACCAAGUAUGACAUUGUCUUGGCAAAUCGCCCUCAGGCUUCUGUUGACCGGCGCUCACUUGGGUUCAGCACCACCAGCGUAAUCGGGGCCCCGUACGGGGACCAUUGGCGCAACCUGCGAAAGUUGUGCGAUCUUGAAGUAUUCGCCCCGACCCGUCUCGCCUCGUUUUUAUCCAUCAGGCUUGACGAGAGGGACCGCAUGAUUUCCGCGUUAUACAAAAUCUCGUCCGCCGGUUUCGCGAAGGUGAAUUUGGAAGCGAAGAUUGUGGAGCUGACGUUUAAUAACAUAAUGAGGAUGGUGGCGGCGAAGAGAUACUAUGGGGAGGAGGCGGAGGACGACGAGGAGGCGAAGAGGUUCAGGGACCUGACGAAGGAGGCUUUGGAGUUGACGAGCGCUUCCAAUCCUGGUGAGAUAUUUCCAAUAUUGCGGUGGCUUGGUUGCAAUGGGCUGGAGAAGAAGCUGGCUGUUCACUCGCGGAAGACGGAUGAGUUCAUGCAAGGGCUGCUGGACGAACACCGACGGGGCGAGCGCCAGAACACCAUGGUUGAUCAUUUGCUUUCGUUGCAGGAAUCUCAACCUGAGUACUACACUGAUGAAAUCAUCACUGGCCUCAUAGUUGCAUUGAUAAUUGCGGGAACGGAUGCAUCGGUUGUAACUACAGAAUGGGCGAUGUCCCUUUUACUAAAUCAUCCCAAAGUACUUGAAAAGGCUAGAAAAGAACUGGACACUCUAGUAGGACACGAACGCAUGGUUGAUGAACACGAUCUCCCCAAACUACGUUACCUUCACUGCAUAGUCUUGGAGACCUUAAGGUUAUUCCCUUCUGUUCCAACUUUGGUGCCACACGAACCAUCAGAGGAUUGUAAAAUUGGGGGAUACAAUGUCCCCAAGGGGACAAUGGUAUUAGUGAAUGCUUGGGCAAUACACCGAGACCCCAAGGUGUGGGACGACCCCUUGAGCUUUAAGCCCGACAGGUUUGAGAUAAUGGAAGUGGAGACACACAAGUUGUUGCCGUUCGGAAUGGGCAGGAGAGCGUGUCCUGGAGCUGGACUGGCGCAGAAGUUUGUGGGGUUGGCUUUGGGGUCGCUGAUUCAGUGUUUCGACUGGGAGAGAACGAGUCCCGAGAAAAUUGACUUGAACGAAGGUUCUGGGAUAACCUUGCCUAAAGCUAAGACGUUGGAAGCCAUGUGCAAACCUAGACAUGUCAUGGAAAAAGUUCUUCGUCAGGUUUCCAACGUUUGA